UGCGUCGCCGCCUGCUCUUUGUUUUCAACGAUUCCUUUGAUAGAAGAAAAUGUUGAGUAGCUGAGAGAAGAUGAUUAUCGUCUCUUCAACUGCUAACAAUGAAUGGCCACAGAAGCAUAUAGAUGAGAAAGACUUGAGGGAGUCAACAGCUAGGCUUAUGGAGAAACCGAACAAAGAACAACAACAGCAGCAGCAGCAAGCCCUAAAGUGCCCUCGUUGUGAUUCAUCAAACACCAAGUUCUGCUACUACAAUAACUACAGUUUAUCACAGCCAAGACACUUCUGCAAGGCUUGUAAGCGUUAUUGGACUCGGGGUGGCACUGUAAGGAAUGUUCCAGUGGGAGGUGGAUGUAGGAAGAACAAGCGUCUGAAGAGACCAGCGGCUUCAGCCAUUGAUGGAGCUUCUCCAACUUUUGGUGCAAAUACUAACACUCCAGUAUCUCAACCUCAAAUCGAUGUCUCUUCGACCUCAGCUCAUCAUAUUAACCCUUUGUUUUAUGGGCUAGUUAAUUCCCCAUCUGAUAUCAAUCUUCCCUUUCCUCGGUUCAAUUCGAGAGUUUCAGGUGUGGAAAACGUAACAGGCUAUUAUCUCCAGCCCGAUUUAAAUGCUCUGGGAUUAGGGUUUUCCUCUGGAAUAGUGUCUAGGGAUACUGGGGGCAGUGAUUAUCGAAAUGUUUUUAACACUAACCCGAGAAACCAAAUCCAGGAAGUGGCGACUUCAAAUCCACUACUUUCAAGCUACUCUAAUAUCCAUGGAUCCUCAUCUUCUACCACCACCACCAACACACCCACCAUUGCUUCUUUGUUAGCUUCUACUCUUUACCAGCACAAGUUCAUGAACGGUGGUGUUAAAAGUACUCAGCUGCCUAACCAAAUGCAAGCCUUAGCACCUUUUCAAGACCCCCAAAUGACAGGUAACACUGAAAAUGGGCUAACCAUGAAAAAUAUCAAAGUUGAAGAAGCGCAAAGGAGAAUGGAAUGGGAUAUUCCAUGCCAGAAUCAGCUCGAUCAAAUCGGUUUAUCUGAUCCAGCGGUUUAUUGGAGCACGCAGACGUCGGUGCUUGGCAUUACCCAGCAACCAUUGGAUCCUCAAUCACUUCUCUGAUCUAGCAAACUAGACUGUUGUUCUUCAAAUUGUCUCCCUCUUUGUUGGGUCUUUUUUUUUGUUGGGGGGGGGGGGGAGUGAGGUGGUUAUAGGUACUUAAGUUUCGGUUGAUUACUACUGUGGGUACUGGAUUCUACGGUCAUAAAUGGGUGGGAUUAGGGAAA